AAGUCUCUAGUCUUUUAAAUAUUUUGUUGAAAUCAAAUCGCUGUCCCAGAAUGUGGCUGUCUCCGUGUAAUUCCUUUGCAAUUUCCGCAAUAUUCGGAUUGGGAAUAUUAUUUUUUUCGGUGUGCCAAGCCGACGAGGAUGCCGUCGCCGCUGAAGAUUCCCUAAUGCUGGAGAAGGGAAUCGCCAGUUUAUCAAAUGUCAUGGUUAAAUAUCAAGAACAAUUCGAUAAUAAGGUGAAGUUCGCACAACUGCAGAAGGCCAUCGAAGUGAUUGAUAUAUCGAUGAUGAAUUACCAGGGCACGGCCAAGAAUAGAUUGGGUUCGGUGAGGCAAAAGAAUUCUGCGGCACGCAUCGAAUACCACAGGUGUGUGGCUCCGGUGUUCGAAUGGUGCAUCUCCGUCAAUUCCACCUUCCUCAUCAUCAUACCCAAGUUGGUAGAUAAAAAUCUGACUGAUAGGAAUAAGGAUUUAAUCUGGAAUAUGACUGUCAAGGCACUCCAUUUGGGCCUCAAUAAAACCACCGAAUCGCUAGAAAUUUUGGAAAAUGUCCUUAAUUGCACCACCUCGUUGAGAGAUCUAUUCAAAUCGAUCGGCCAUGAGAUCGCUGAUGAUUUCGGUCCGAAAGGAUUUUACGGAGAGUGGAAAACUGCCUUGGAGAAGGACCUAACGAAAGAGCAGGAGGUAAAAAAGAUGAUAAUAUCGGGUUUCGUCGGAGUUGUGUUUGGGGCUAUUACUACGUUGGUUUUCGGACCCAUUGGAAUCCAACUCGGUUUUCAAGCUGCUUUCGCCGCCUACGACGUGCAGAAUAGGAUCGAAUGGAACAAAAAGCAAUCCCUCAAGGAGAAAAUAGAGGCCAUCGACCAGUUUUUCGUCAUCCUGGUGGAGAAAGUGGAAAACGCUACCAAAAUAGUGGACGAAAUCAAUGUUGCCUUGAAGGAGGACAAACUGAACCUUCAUGCUCUCAAAGGACGGAUCGAAGGUGCCGAUAAUGAUAAAGGUGUGAUCAAGAUGCCAUAUUUCAUCCGAGAAGGGUACGCAUCGAGCCUUCAGGGUUUGAAUGAUCAGUGCUUGAAGUACGUGGAGUGGCACGGCUAUGAUAAACCAUUCUAUCCAACCGAAGAGCCCCGAAGUCGGCGCGAUACUUUGGGACAAUCGGAGAUGUUGGGCAUUCCGGAGAUAGAAUCAUUAAAGGACUCGAAUCGUGGCGGUUUGUCUUCCCUAUUGCCAUGGCACAAGGAUAUGGUUGUGCACUUUACGAAGCACUUUCAAUAAAAAAAAUGUCCAUAUCUUCCUGUCAAAUUGCUUAAUAAAAUGUAAUAGCAAGCAGAUAGGAUAGAAUUUCUAAAAAGAAA